CUUACAUACUAGUAGUAUUUAGAUAAUACCACUUAAUUAUAUUUAGGCAAUGUCGUCCCCCGAUCGUCGCGCUGGCAUGAAACGGCCCAGAACUCAGUCGCUCCCACCGCCGUCUCUGCCGCAACUGGUCGCGGAGCAAAAGACACCUAUCCCGGUCACCGAUAAAGAUACCCAGCGAUUGAUUGUCGUUCUAUCAAAUGCUAGCCUCGAGACGUACAAGGCCGUUCAAGGUGGUGUCAGCCGUGCGGGUGUCCACCGAGAGGAGAAAUACUCGCUUCUCAACAGCGAUGAGCAUAUAGGCGUCAUGCGGAAGAUGAACCGUGACAUCAGCGAUGCACGGCCGGACAUCGCGCAUCAGUGUCUACUGACCCUCCUGGACUCACCAAUCAACAAGGCCGGCAGACUCCAGAUUUACAUCCAUACAGCCAAAGGCGUGCUGAUCGAGGUAUCCCCCUCUGUCCGCAUUCCCCGGACUUUCAAGCGAUUCGCAGGCCUCAUGGUGCAGCUUCUACAUCGACUCUCCAUUCGCUCCACAACUUCAAACGAGAAGCUUCUACGUGUGAUUCAGAAUCCGAUUACAGAUCACUUACCACCAAAUUGCCGGAAAGUAACUCUUAGUUUUGAUGCGCAAGUAGUUCGCGUGCGUGAGUACAUGGAGGCUUUGAACCCUAAGGAGAGCAUUUGCGUUUUCGUUGGAGCCAUGGCGAAAGGAGCCGACACUUUUGCCGACUCAAUAGUUGAUGAGAAGAUUUCCAUCAGCAAUUUUUCGCUAUCAGCAAGUGUAGCAUGCAGCAAGUUCUGUCAUGCGGCUGAGGAUGCGUGGGAUAUCCUAUGAGCUUGACUGAGAGGAGUAGAUUAGCUUGCUGAUCGAAUACAAGCCGGCUUGACGUUGAUACAACAUCCCGUUUUGCCCAACAGCUCAGAGUCAAAAUUGGGAUCCUAGCAGUUGGCGCCACGCACUGUUUUUACAACCAAAACAUUGUGGCGCUAACAGCAGCUAAGACACUACGGCUAUGGCGAUUAGUCAUGUACGGUUUAGCAUGGAUGGAAUUUUCUGAACCGCGAAGCCAUAGAAAGCAAUGCAGCCUCCUUUUGGAAAUACAUGUAGUAUUAUAAUUGUUAUUCUGUGCAAGCAUUGUUGAAAUCAGAUUUGCGGUGCACAUUGGUUUUUUUUUUUUUUUGCUGUGCCGCUUAGCAGAUAUUCGCAUAAUUCCAACCUUGACAUAUUUGCACUGAUCCCUGUGUCAUACAUACUCGGGCGAUUUAAAAAAAAUUUCUUCGGUUUCCCAGGUCCACGUCCUGCAACGCUGAUAACCUUAUCUUUUAAUCGUGACCUACCUAUACACAAUGGGAGUCGGAAACAAACGGACGCUCACGAAAACAAGGCGCAAGACGCGUGAUGUGGAUCAAAUCAUAUCUGAUCUUCGAUCCGCGAAGCACCUAACGCAAUAUAAGAGCACGAAGCUUUCUCAGGAUCUUCCUGGGCUUGGCAAAAACUACUGCGUCGCCUGUUCUAGGUGGUUUGAUGCCCCUUCAACUUUAACGGCCCACGAGCGAGGAAAGCCGCACAAGCGAAGGCUAAAACAAUUGCGAGACGAAUCCGGACAGUCUAAAAGCACCAGCGUGGAUAAGAGUGGCCUGGUUGAGGAUACCACAAUGGAUACUGGUGUUGAGAUGGCUCUUUAAACUGUAAUCGAAAUCUCAUUGGGCCGUGGGGCAUGGUAUAUGGGAAAGGACUCUAUGAAUCAGCGCUGAACUUCACUCGAAAUCCUUUCAUCUGAUGAUUCGUCCACGAGGUCUUCCAAUAGCACUGGCCCGUCUGGAGCGGCGACUGUUAGUUCUGCCUCUUGUGGAACUACCUCGUGCCGAUGGCAAACGGGACUGGCGUGGCGCAGGUAUACUGCGCUUGAGACUGGGCGCUGUCGAUUCCGGAGGACUUUCAACAAACGAUACAUCGGUCGCGGUCGUCCUAUACAGCUGUUAGCAAGGGAGGGAAUGCUUCAGUUUGUCUGCAUCCAGAGACGACGGACAUAUAAGUUGUUUCUCCGUCAUGUGCUGGUCGUGGGUCGUUGUUGGCUUGCGCAGGAUGCGGGCGGCUUCGGCUGAACGACUGGGGGACGGGAGUCUGGACAAAACAGAGAAGAUAGAUCAGAACAAGUUACAUUGAAUUUGAUUGGAAUUAUAGUAGCAGAAGCAGCACCUCGGGAAAGUCAACGCAAAAGGCGUUCAUAUUAAGGCCGUAAAGGAAGCUGGCAAACGAUUCACCAAACCUGGCCAAACUUUCGUCUAUAAGCUGGAAGUGCAUCAUGUUUGCCUCGAGAUCGGCCAUGGCAUCAGAAAGCUCGGCAAAAGCCGGCUCUAGCCUCUUGAGAGGAAAUGCGUUCUCUGAAUUGUUUGCUGGAUGAAGCGACCCGCGCAGCGAUGACCGAGAAGAGGGGCGCAGCGGAGUGGUAGGUCGAGAUGUCCAUGAACGUGAAUUCGGUUUGGCACUGCCGGGGUGU